AGAAGGAAGGGAGAGGGAGUGGGGUGGGAAGGGUUGGAGGAUGGGUGGAGAAGAGAGAGGGGGGAGGUGGUAAAGAACGCAGAAGAAGCAACAGCUUGAGAUUUCGAGGCAGAGAGUGAAAAAGUAAGAGCAAGCCAACUCCUGAAAGAGAGAAAACAGAGUUAGUGACAGAGGAAAACCGAGAGGGACACGGAAUGGGCUGGGCUGGAACACAGAGGCAGUAAAACAUGUCUUAAAGUGAGAGAGCAGAGAGGAGAAUAGGACAGGAAUGUAGUCCUUUACAAAGAGCAAAGAGAGCGAGGAGAAGCAGAAAGACACAUAAAUAAAGAGGGAGCCGGGCAGCAGUAAGGAGGGAGGAAAGUAGCCACAAGAAAUGGCAACAAAGGGAAAAGAGAGAGAAAAGAGUAGAAGUGACACAAAGAGAAUAAAUAAAGACGGAACAAAGACAAGAGAAGAGGAUAUGCUGACUUCGCCGGCGUCUGUGUGUACGUCUACGCGUUCAUGAGAGUGUACAUGUGUGUGUGUGUGAGGUAUGAGGGUUCUGCUCCUAAGGCUGCUGGCCGUCCUCUCCCUCGCCUCUUUCUGCAGCGUGCUGCUCUGGCUCUUCCUCAGUAACAGUGAUGCACGUCUUCAAGGUCCACGUUUCCCUAAAAAAGAACAUGCAGACUCCAUUAAGCCAGACUUCUGCAAGGCCUGCAGGGAAAAUGUCAUCAUUGACAAAGCCCUGCAAGUGUACUCUACCAGAUGGAGAAGGCAAGAGGCGAAUUUCAAAAAGUUCAGGUCCUCGCUAAGCAGAAACUGCCAUGCCUUAUCUAAGGCUGUGGUCUCGCAGGCUAACACGCCUGUGGGGUCAAAACUCGUGUAUGAUGGAGAGAAGACAAAGCAACUGCAGGUGACAUCAGCUCUGUUCAACACAUUUGCCAAGGAGCAGCCAUUUGGAAAUGCAACAUGGAACACAUGUGCUGUGGUGGGCAAUGGAGGGAUCUUGGCUAAUAGCAGCUGUGGAGAAAACAUCAACUCAGCAGACUUUAUCAUCAGGUGUAAUCUUCCUCCACUGGGGAACGGCUAUGAGAAAGACGUAGGGAACCAGACCAGCCUGGUCACGGCCAACCCCAGCAUCCUAAUAGAGAAGUUCGGGGGGCUGAUGGAACGUCGUCGUCCGUUUGUUGAGAGCUUGCGUCCAUAUGGUAACUCCCUGCUUCUGCUGCCAGCCUUUUCCUAUGGCCACAACACACCUGUGUCACUGCGAGCCUUUUACACGCUGGAUGACUUCGGAGUCACUGGUACACAUCCUGUCUUCCUCAACCCGGAGUACCUGAGCAGUCUGGCGCGUUUCUGGCGUGGGCAGGGCCUUCGCUCAGCACGCCUCAGCACGGGCCUCAUUGUGGCCAGCCUGGCUCUGGAACUGUGCACAAAUGUUCAUUUAUAUGGCUUCUGGCCCUUCAGUCAGCACCCGCAUAGCCACCAGCCAAUCACCAAUCACUACUAUGAUGACCGGCAGAGCAAAAAGAAUGUGCACUCCAUGCCGGCGGAGUUUGAGCACCUUCUCAGGCUUCAUAUGCAGGGUGUGAUCCGGCUGCAUCUGGGGGAUUGUUCAACGACUCAGUUAAACCGCACAUCAAACUGAACACACAUAGUUUAGACUGUGCAUACAAGACCUACUAACAACCUUGGUGAAGAUGAGCAAAAAGGCUACAAAAAAGGGAUAUGGAGUUCUAAACAGGGAGUAAAAUGCCUCUUGAGCAGAACUACAAUACCCAGAGCAGGACCUGUGGGUCCAAGUCUGCUUUCCCAUUGCUGAGAGAAACAGAGGCAUGAUGGGAGCUGAAGUCAGGAUGGAUUGACAUGCAUUGGGUAGUCCAGGGGUAUCCAGUCUUAUCCACAAAUGUGGUUUUCAUUACAAAUCAGCAGGAGCACACCUGAUUCUACUUUAGGAAACCUGUCUCAAACAGCUGAGCAUGCAGGCUACUGCUUUGUUGGAAUGAAAACGUAAGACUAGAUAAGAUUGGGUGCCCCUGAGCUAGCCAAACCAACCUACACUUUAGGUUCUGACACAAAAGGACUUUUUAUUUUAUUUUUUAUGCUCAGAAGUGCUAGUCAUUUGCCUGAGAUUCUGAUCAGUUACUUAAACAAUAUUUAAACAGUUUAAGUGGUGAAAUUGUCUAGUUGUAUGCUCUAGGAUGGUUUCUAGGGCUCCUGAACCAGAACUAACACAAUCAGUGGAGAUUCUCUAUUGAAAAUCAGUUUUACUAUUUGACUGGGAAAUGGACAAAAAUAAUAAGCUGAAAGGGCUUAAGUCUAAGGAAGAGUUAAAAAAAAUCAAUCUACCUCUCAGGUCAACUGGCCCACUUUUUAAAGCAUUUAACAUUUGUAUAAUCAGGUAUAAUUAAAAAUUCUCUAUGAAAAUCAGUUUUACUUCCUGACUAAGCUACAUCUAGGAAAUUGGCAAAAAAGCUAAUAGGGGUUAAAUCUAAUAAUUGAGCUACAUCUCAGGUCAGCUGUUUAACCUAGGUAUAAUUAGAGAAGUUUAAAAAAUCUAUAUAACGUGAUAUGCAUAUAGGGGCAUCAUAGUCUCUAAUCACAGCUGUUCACACCUUGCAUCAACAUGUGUUUAUAGUGAUCUGAUUAUUUUCAAACUUCACUUAACUGGAUGCUCUUGUGAUCAGCUUACAAGCAGAUCUGGAAGUGGUCCGAGUCGGAUCGUGACCACAUUUAACACAAAUGUAAAUGGAAUUAGACUUGGGCAGUUAAACAAUAUGCACCGUUAUCAUGAUAAAUUAUGUCAUAAUGUGUCUUUCUGAGCAUAUGUGAAUAUCAUCAUGACUUGUAGGACAAUGAACAACUGCAUGUUUUGUUACAUAAGUACAUAAUUAGACCUCUUUAAUAGUGUAUAUUGCAGUGCAAUAUGUGAAACAUUAAAAAUAAAUCAUUUGCUUUCAAACCUUUUGAUAAUACCUUGUGGCACUGCUGGUCCUUUUUGUCAGAAAAUAUAAACAUUCUUACAUUUUAUGUAUCAUGACAGUUUCCUGGCGUCUCAUGAUAUUAUAUUUUCCCAUAUCGCCCACCCCUAAAUGGAAUGCACACAGUUCCAUAAGCUGCAGUGCGUCUACCUAGCACUAGCAGGUGGGAUGAUAAACAAGAAAAGGCAAGAUGGAGGGUAUGUGAGGCUGGAAUAAUCCUGAAUCAAAGUGCCUUUUUGCACUCUGGGCUGAUGGAAGCAUCCAAGCCGAGCUUGUUGGUUCAUAUCAUAACGAGGGAAAAAGUAAACGCAAGUAUGUGUUAAUGUGCUUUUUGCAUAGGAAAGUAAAAACUUGGCCAAACUGGGCACACAUUUUAAUGAAAAGUGUAAAUGGAAUCCAGUCAAAAUAUAUCCAGAUAUGAUCCAGACAUGAAACACAUGUUAAUGCAAGGUGUUUGACAAAAGCACUGCAACAACCAGCGUAAUCUAGUAGAACCAGUAUAAUAGUAGGCACUACCUUUAAUUCUGAUCACACUGUGGAACUUCAGAGAUCAGCUAUGUUGCCUUUUGGUAGCACUUUACUGUAGGGCAGUGUUCAUAAGACAUCUACAUAAGUCCUUCAUGACAACUGAUAUAGACCUAUGUAAACAUCUCUAAACACGUAUUAAAAUAGCCGUAAUUUGUCAUAAAGGGUGCGUUUGCCAACUUUGAUGUCAGGGUGAUGUAACGUCUAUAUCAUCCAUCCAUCCAUCCAUCCAUCCAUCCAUCUAAACCGCUUAUCCUUCUGGGUCGCGGUGGGGUGCUGGAGCCUAUCCCAGCUGUCAUUGGGCGGAAGGCAGGAUACACCCUGGACAGGUAACAUCUGUAUCAGAUGACUCUUUUUUCUGACAUUAGUGUGUCAUGACUAUUUCUGGCAUUAAAUGACAGACAUCAUAGCUCAGUGUAUGUCACAGUGGCAUAAUGCUGAUAAUAUGAUAUAGCUUGGCUUGUCAGCCUGGUUGAAAAAAGUGAGCAUUUUCUUUUCUGUAGGUAUCAUGUGGCCUUAUAAACACUGCCCUGCAGUAAGGUUUUUUUUUAACUAGUGAGCAUUCAGUGUUAGGGGAAAGGGAAGCGAAGCAGCUAUGAAGUUAUCAUGGUGACUCUGAUUAAUGGUAAAAGAGACUUCCAAGAAUCUCAGUUGUGCAGCUUGCUGAGCUCUUCUGAGAUUCUGAGUUCUGAGUUUUGGGAUAAUUGUACUAAACUGGGAUGCCCGUUUAAAAGGGCUAUAUUUUUAUUUUUGCACUAUUUUAGUGUUAAUGAAUGCUGUGCCAUUUGCUGAACGUUAAAGAACUAUAACCUAAUGCACUUAAACUACAUUAAUCUUCAAGACAGCAGGACAGACUGACUUACAUCAAAUCAACAACUACACUCAGCUGCCAUUUUUAUCAGGUACACCUAUCCAUUAUUGUGUUGCGCCAUCUUUGACUUUCAGAACAGCAGGAAUUUGUCUUGGAAUAGAUUCUGGAGGUGUUGUGUAUUAUUGCUAUAAUGUGGAAAGUUUGCAUUGUCUAGCUGCUGCAUAUUAGAUGGUUCUUGCUGUCUUUCCACCUCAUCCCGAAGAUGGUCAGUGUGGUUGAGAUCGCAGAGGUUUGCAGGCCUCUGAAGCAUGAAAACGUGGCUGUCAUGUCCCUUCAUAUUUGGUGACGAUACAUGCCUUGUGACAUGGUACAUUCUUUUCUAGAAGUGUUCAUCUUCUGGAUAAACUGUAUAGGGCAUAUAUCCCUAAAUGCCAUAUAGGGAUAAACUUGGUCAGCCAACAGUGUUCACAUAUGCCAAGCAUUCAGAGGCAUUUCUGAACAUGUGGCCACCCCAGUCACACUUUUUGUAAGAAACAAAAAGGAAUUAACAUUACAUUUUAAUCAGAACAAAAAGUGCAUGUAUAUAUAACAUAAAUCUAUAAUCAAUAAAAUAAAAAUAUAAUAAUUAAAUACUACUUACUCACAGGGACCAGCUGGUGGCCUGUAGGCCCUAAGCAAGUUCUUAUAUUGCUUAUAGCAAAGAUACUGCCCCUUCAGAUGCCAUUCAGAUGUUCUUUACAUUGUUUUCACAAAGAUUCUGACAUUCACCAAUGUUCUCUUAUUUAGGAUUUGUUCUUAGGUAAUCAAGAACAAAUUUAAGAAGAAACUAUAUAAAAGAUAUUGGUGAAUGAGGCCCAUUGUUGGUAAACCACAGAUGAAAGCCAUUUGGAAGAUGGUAGGAUACCUAGUGCCACCUAUCAUUCCAUGACAGGCACCUAGGUCAAUUGAUUUGCCCACUCUAAAACUCAGAUGGACACUAGCUGACAAUCAAAACCCCUGACUCGUCGGAAUGGAAAAUUCAUGUGAAGGUGUGGGGUGUAACUUCUACACUAGCAACUCUGUGUAAAUCUUUCAGUAACUAGCGAUUUGUUAAGUAGCUCAGCUCUCAUUAUUUAAUUCCUAGAGUACUGUAAUAAUUACUGCAAUACUUGAUAACUGAUCAGUUGAGUCAGGUGUGCUAAAGUAGUGUUGGAGCAGUCCUCAGGAUCAGUUUGACAAAUCAAAAGGAGCUUAUUACUCAGUGUCUGGGCCCUCUUUGGCUGUGUAAAGUCAGAGACCACCUUUCAUUUAUAUAAUUUCCAGUCAAAAUGACCAUAAAGUACAAAGUUAUUUCUGUUCAAGAGCUUUUUCUGAGUAGAUACGCCAUAAAUAAUCCAUUUGCAUUAGGAAACUGCAACUGAAAAGUCAGAGGAAAGUAAGGAGUUUCCAAAACUGUUCAAAAAAUGACUAAAAGAUACAGAGAAAGGGCUGACCAGCUUCUAACAACCGUGCAGACACAGUAAACCACCAAAACCAUUAGAUGAGCAGUACUUAAAGCUUUCAUCUUUGAGAGAGAGGAGAAAAUCAAGCUCUACUCUUACUUCAGAUCUAAAAAAAUCCGCAGGAGUUUCUGUCCAACCUUUCACUGUGAGAAGGCCAAUGCCAUGCAUCUGAAGGGGUGUGUAGCUGUCAGGAAGCUCUUACUGAGAAAAGAAAAGGGACUGCUGGUGUUUGCAGAACACUGGACUGUCCACCCCAAAUAACUGAUUUACUGGGAAUACUUGGAUCAGGAGAAGCAGAAAAAGUAACUUUUAAGGCUGAACUUUCUUACUGUGGAAAAAUGUCUCUGAAGAUUUUCUGGAAAAUCUGAAAGCAUGUCUCUGAAAAAUGCCAGCUGUAAUAAAAGCAAAGAGUGAACACACUAAA